AGAGAGAUAUUUACGAAAAUAUAUAUAUUUUUUUUUUUUGCAAAUUCAUCAAGCAUCUAGCUAAAGUGGCUAACUAGCUAGGCCAAACGUCGGAUAAAACGUUUUAAAAAAAGUACAAAUGGAUAGUUAGCUAGCUAACUUAUUGUAACGGUAACUAAAGUUGGGCUUGUAUAUGUGAUGGAUUGCAGACCAGGCAGUGUGCAGUAGACUGUAUAGUUUACAGUACGGUUAGCCUAGUUAGCUAGCUAGCUACCGCUGUUAGCCACCUAGCAUGCUAGCUCGUAGAGAACAAUGGGGCCACCAUUUGCUUCCCACCUAACGCGAUGCUAGCUCAUCCUAACCCACCCAGCGCUAGCAUUUAUACUGAAGAUGCUAACGCUGCUAGCCAUCACAAUACAUAGUUAGCUAACAUUAGCUAGUGUGAAACAUUUUUACAGUAUAGUUACGAGCAAGGUUAUUUUACAUCAAAACAUUUUUUUUUUUUAAAUACAGAUUUAGCCAUUUCACCAGUUUAGCAAACUGGCUAACAGUUUGAAAGUUAGCUACAAUAACGUUACCUUUUUGUCUUUUUAUUUUAUAAACAUGCAAGUGAAAUUAACAUUUCUACAAAUUUCAAGAGGGAAGUUAACUGAGCAGCGAACUGGAUGGAGCUAAGGCCCGCCCCUGGGCCGCGCCCCUAUUGGCUGACUACCUUCAGUCCGACACAGACUCGUUUCUGAUUGGCCAGCGUGCUGUUCUUCCCUUCAACCCGGAUAUGAUCCGGAAGAAGUCCCGGUAACCAAGGGCUGUUUGCUGCGUUGUGAAGCUAAAGUGAAGAUAUGAAACGAUUCAGAACAGCAUAAACGAUACGAACCUAGAAUGGAUUCCUUCAUGGCAAACUUCAGGGAGAGGAGUGAAGUGGAACGGGAGUGGCUGCAGGAGCUAUUCGUGUUCGUGAGGGACAAUCUGUACCCGGUUCUCGGUCCAUCCACCGGUACUGUUUCCCCGGAACAGCUUUCUCUAGCCAUGAUACGGAGAGUGGAACAGGCGGUGGGCUCCUCGUGUGCCCGGUCUCUGCCGCUCAGUUACAGGCUCAUCUCCGUAUCCGAGCUGGUUACCUGGCAACGCACACCUUGCUGUAGCAACCUGACCUGGAGCACCGCUCAGCACAGAGAAUGGGUCCGGGAGGCGGAGCAGGCUCUGCCCAAUCACGAGGCUUUGCCGCGUGCCAACCUGUUGCUGAUAGGCUGUCUCAGUGAUAGGUGUGACCCAGAGAGGUCAUGUGACGGAGCGUGGCGUGUGAGGGACGCCACCGGGACCGUGCACUGUGAGCUACUGAGCCCCUCCCCUCUCUGGCUGGGUCUGCCCUUUCUCUUCCCCUGCUGGAACUACAUCCCCCAGCUUGCAACGGGGAAGGACCAGGAAGUGGAGGAGAGGGGCUACCUGGAGCUGGUUGGCUGUCCCCUAGCCCUGACCUCUGACCCUGAGAUGACCUUUAACCCUGCAGGUGUCAACCUGAAGAGAGCUGUGGGGGUCAGAGAAGCUGCAGGACUGAUACAGCACAGGGUGCGAGGCCUUCGUGUCAAGGUGUAUGGGGAGGUUUCUGGAGUAUUCCCUCUACUGAACAUCGCAGGGAAGUCCUUCUUCUGUCUCCGUCUGAGAGAGGGACUACAAACACUACCAUUACUGGUCACGGAGCCUUGCUGUCUGUGGUGGCGUCAGUGUGUGCGCGUGGGCGUGCGCGUGUGUGUGUCCGGGCUGCGUGUGUGUGCGCUGCAGGGCUGGUCUGGGAACAGGGUUCUGUGUGCGACCAGUCAGUCUUCUCUCACUUUGCUUCCUGACACACUGAUCCAGGACCUGUCUGAUAUACCCAUAUUGGACACCCCAGACCCAGACCCAGACCCUGGUACUGGAUGUCCUCUCCCAGAGAGACAGGGACCAGACCCAGACCCAGACCCUGGUACUGAAUGUCCUCUCCCAGAGAGACAGGGAGAUGGACCGGACCCAGACCCAGACCCAGACCCUGGUACUGAAUGUCCUCUCCCAGAGAGACAGGGAGAUGGACCGGACCCAGACCCUGGUACUGGAUGUCCUCUCCCAGAGAGACAGGGAGAUGGACCGGACCCAGACCCAGACCCGGACCCAGACCCGGACCCGGACCCAGACCCGGACCCGGACCCAGACCCAGACCCGGACCCGGACCCAGACCCGGACCCAGACCCAGACCCGGACCCGGACCCAGACCCAGACCCAGACCCAGACCCGGACCCGGACCCGGACCUCUCUCCCAGCCUGAGGCCCAAACUCUCCAAGUCCAUCAGCUACAAGGGUGUCCUGACCAGUGUCCUGAGUGCGGCAGCGGGGCUCUAUGUGAUUGACGGGAAGGUGGGCCUGUGUUUGGCCUAUCAGCCACUGCAGAGGCGUGGCCUGCGUCCGGGGGCGGAGAUUGAACUCCACGAUGUCCAUUUCCUUUACCGCCCCUCUCCCCAUUUCCAUCCCAGCAUGCUCUGCGUGUGUCUACGCUCCAGUCUGCGUGUCACUUCCUUCAGCCGCCUGGGGUCAGAGGUCGCCCGCCCCAACGACGCCCCGCUGCCGUGGCUACUGCUGGAGAGGAAUCUGGGCGUGUCUCAGUACCUGUGGCUCUGUCACUGCUGCAGAGCUCUAGGAGACAGACUGGUCCCUCGCUGGGUGAAAGAGGAGUGUGUGUAUGGGGUGGCUAGGAGGCUGCUUCAGUGUGUGGUAACGUCAGAGAAGGGAGGAGGGGGGAGAGACAUCUACAGAGAGAUGCUACAGGAGCCACACCUCUGUCCCCUCACUGAGUACUCUGUGAGUUCUCCAGCGUGUGAGUUCGUGUCGAUAUCGGACUGCGUGCGUGUGAUGGAGAAGGAGUGCUGGUUGUCUCUGUCUCUCCCCUCUCUCCUCCCGGCCUGUGGUAGUUCCCUGACUCAGGCUGAGCUGAACCCGUCUGUAGCCUGGUCCGUGGGCCUCUCUCUAGGGCAGGACAGUCAGCCGCGGCCCUUACUGCUGGUCGGAGUGCUGGAGCUCACUGGAACACACACUCUCCGCCUGAGAGACCAGACCGGCGCCGUGACCUGCGUUGCCGUGGAGACUGGCGACGGUGACUCGGGCGGUCCGAGAGCUGCCAACAACACUGCUUGGAUAGACUAA